AUGGAGUCUGGAAACCGAAGCACAGUCACAGAAUUCACUCUCAGUGGACUCACUGACUCCCUUGGAAUAAACAUUUCAUUUUCUAUCUUGUUUUUGAUACUGUACUUGAUGACUUUGUCUGGAAACCUUCUGAUUAUAACUGCUGUUAACCAUGAUCCACGCUUGCACUCUCCAAUGUAUUUCUUACUUAGCAAUUUGUCUUUCUUAGAUAUUUGUUAUUCCACAGUCACCAUCCCUAAAAUGAUCACCAAUGUCCUUUCAGAGAAGAAAAGCAUCACUUUCAAUCAGUGCAUGGGUCAACUCUUUUUCCUCCAUUUCUUUGGUGGUACAGAAUGUUUCCUGCUUACCUUUAUGGCAUAUGAUCGUUAUGUUGCCAUUUGUAAUCCACUGCGCUACCACAUUGUGAUGAACCAUACAUUCUGCAUCAGAAUUGUUAUUAUUAGUUGGGUGGCUGGUUUCCUUCAUUCAUUCACUCAGGCCUUUCUGACAUACCAGCUUCCAUUUUGUGGUCCAAAUAAAAUCAACCAUUUUUUCUGUGAUGUGCACCCACUCUCUGUUCUGGCAUGCUCCGGAACAUUGCUCAUUGAUAUCUUCAUCAUUGCCAACAGUGGAAUGAUCUCUCUUGCAUGCUUUUUAGUGUUGAUGUUCUCCUAUCUUGGCAUCAUAAUUACCAUCUUGAAGAUACACUCAGCAGAAGGGCGACGCAAGGCUUUCUCUACAUGUGCGUCCCAUAUCCUGGUAGUCAUAAUAUUGUUUGGUCCAUGUGUAUUUAUUUACUUGAGGCCACCUAUAAAUUACUCAGCAGAUAAAAUGGUCUCCUUGUUGUAUACAAUAUUGACUCCCUUACUAAACCCUAUCAUAUACACUAUGAGAAACAAGGAGAUGACGAGUGCUCUGAAGAGACUUCUAGGGCUUAAAAUAUCACCUCAAAAUCAUAUGAAAGAAGACAUAAAGAAUCAACAACUGUAA